AUGAUGCUCAACUUUUCCCACCGCUCAUUGCUCCAAGUUGUCGCAGUGGCUGUCCUUGCAGCUGUUAAAGUUGCUGAAAGUCAGGUUGCUAAAGACAUUGGGACAUCUUCCACCCCAUCUCCAGUUUAUCCCACCGUCAACUUUCAAGUCCUCAAUGUGGAUCACGUGUUUCUGAGGCAGGACAGUCCAGAGCCAUCAGGGAACACCCGCCUGAAGGCUCAGACUCAGACUUUUCUCAUCACUGGUCCAGGCGCUGGGCUCCUCCAACCAGCUGUCAAUGCUUCAUACGGCCCCCUGACUGUAGAUGCCCCAAUACCUCCAGACCAGCUCCUCAGUGGCCCCACGAUCCUACCAGUCAUUUUGGUCCGUCAGGUUCGUUCCUCAUCCCCUAUUGUCAAGAUCCUCUUCCACAUGCCCACAGACAGUGACGUCACUGUUGGGCAAGCAAGGAUGGGGUCUAGAGAAGAUAAUGGGAGGAAAAGUGCUGGAACCAAGGUAAAGGAUGGAGCUCACUGUGUGACGGCCUACGCCUUCUGGGAGAUGAGGGAAGUUCGUGGGGCAUGCCUGGUGUCUCCAGGUGGAUUCUGUGUGGCACAGCUGAAGCCAGAACCCGCCUGGUUCAGCUCUGCCAGUCGAUCGGGCAGCUCUAGCAGGGAAGCAGGAAGAACCGAAGGAAUUAAGGGGCUCCAGGGGAACCUUGUGGAGGUCUACUUCCAGAGUCGGAGGGAUCAGACAGGUCAAUGUACCCCGCAGGAUAGCCUGCAACGUGUAGGAGUGGGAAGAGGAAGGGAUGCUGCGGGAUCGGGGACACCGAUGAGGCGGGUAGGGAGUGUGAAUCUGCUCCGAACUCCACCGGGGAACCCCACCUUUCUUCGACUGAGGCUGGGAGGCGCUGUGGUGAUUCAGACCUCUUCAAAGCCCCUGAAGACCACAGAUGUUGCAACAUUCUAUGUCUUCCUGGCUAGCACAUCUACCCUGGAAAAUUUUACUCUCAGGGCAACAGUAAAAACAGGCCUGACAUUCAGUGCAGCGCGACCCAGUGACUCGGCGCUGUGGGACAUCGUGGUGGAGCCUGGCAGAGGAGCGACUCCCAACACUGUCUCUGUUGUCUGUCAGAGGAAGGUUGCUGUCACUGCAAAGAGGGGUCUUCUGGAAGUUUUACAACUGGACUUUGUGCCAAAAGAUGUUUUGGAGCAGACUGAGAGUCAGACGAUUUCCUGGCGCCUGGAGUUGCCGGGGAACAUCAAGGAUGUCGGCACAAUGCGGAUCUACACAACUCAGAGAGACUAUGUGGGGCUUGCACCUCUGGUCAUGAACACUGAUAUCUUGAAUACUGCAAUGCUGACAGGGAAAAUGGUGUCAGUCCCUGUGAAAACUCUGGCUGUGGAGGCUGAUGGCUCAGUCACUGAUGUGACCAACUUCACAAGCUGUAGGUCUACUGAGGAGGAUGUACUCAAGGUGUCGGAGCGAUGUGACUAUUUGUAUGUAAACGGGAAAGAGACGAGAGGGAAGAGCAGGGUGAUGCUCAACUUCACUUACGGGUUCCUGAGUGCCCAGCUGGAGAUGAGUGUAUGGAUACCCCGCCUGCCCUUGCUCAUUAAUGUGACCGACCCCGAGCUCAGCCAGAUCAAAGGCUGGAGGGUCCCUGUUACUACAGGCAACAGGAGGUCGACAUGGGACAGUGAGGAAGAGGAGGAGAUGAGGAAGGGCAGGGGUUGCAUGCUGCAGUACCAGCACUCUGCACUCAGGGUGCAGACACACUUCAUCGCCCAGGCUGAUGCUGAGGUGCUGCCUGACCCGCUAACUGGGGUAGAGCCUGUUGAGUACUUCAUGGGUCCUGACUGGCAGGUGGAUGUGACCAAUCUUGUACGCCAUUCUCUGAAAGUGGCAGAUCCUGAUGUAGCCAGGGUGCAGGAUGGUGUGGUGCUGCAGGGACGUGCUGUGGGCACUACUAUUGUACAGGUGCUGUCUCCUCUGACGUCGUUGGUCCUGGCUGAGAGGAGCAUCAGGGUGGUGGAUGACAAAGUGAGUGUGACAGAGCUGGGGGUGCAGUUGGUAUCUGGACUCUCUCUGUCCCUGCAGCUCAGCUCAGGGAGCAACAAGGCUAUCGUCGCCACGGCAACCACACGGGAGAUGAUCACGCAGCUCAAACAGGAAGCAGUGGUCAGCUGCUGGGUUCAGUUCAGCGAUGGUGCAGUUGUUCCACUGGAGCUGUUUGACCGCAGUAUCUACUCCCUGACAGUCUCUACCCCAGAUGAGGGGGUGGCCACAGUCCGCCGCACCCCUCAGUCCACGUUUGUAGUAGCACAAGGUGAAGGUGAAGGCCGGGGGGUGCUGGUGAGAGUGGAGCUGAGGAUUUGCGAGGAAUGCCAGAAGUCCAAAAGGAAGAGCAAGUUGGCAGUGGGCACGGCGCUCCUCAGCAUCAACUUCCAAAGUAGCGCCAGGGUCUUAUCAGGAGGUGGUGGUGAUGGGGUUGGCACUGACGGAAAUGAAGAUGGUGGUGCAUCAGAAGUGGUAGGUGAGCUUAAAACGACAGUGACAGAUAUGGAUAAAUGGUUGUUCAGAACCACAGUACCAGACCAGAGAGAGACGACCCUGGCACAAACUACGACCUCAACCACAUUUUCAACAAAAUACAUGCAGCCACAUGGCUUGUGGAUUGGGACUACAACCAAAUCUACAAGAGGUACCACAUAUACUGUCAUUUCCCCGACUGCUACUACAACUCUGAGCAAACCGAGCAUACCAGUAAAUACACCACUGAGCACAGCUAGACCUAUAGCUACAACAGUGGGUCUAGUUAGUCAAGGAGAAGGGCAGAAGAGAAGCUAUGGGAACAUGCUCGACAACCCUAAUUCCCCCUCCAACAAAGACAUUCCUAAAGCAGAAGUAACACCCAAGAAAGAGCCUCCUAAAUCCAAAACUCCAAAAGUAAUCGAGAGCGACCUCAUUAGGACAUUCAGAGCCAUGUCAGACUUGGAAAUUGGCAUGUAUGCCUUAGUGGGGGUCUCUUGUGUAGCUAUCUUGGCUUUUUUGCUCAACUGUGUUUCGUAUAACCUCUGUUUCCGGAAUCACAAGACCCCCAUACAGGCAGGCCCAGUACCCAGCGGGGACCCAAAGGAUCACAAGCAUGACUGGGUGUGGCUGGGGAGCAACAAUCAUAACACUCCCGCCCCAGGUGACCCAGCUCAAGUGUCCACGCUAAAACGUGAGGCUCAUCGCCCUCUGGAGUCCCGUCACUCCAUGGAUUCCAUUGGCCACCGCAGCAUGGAGAACACCCUGCCCACCGUGAGUGCCACCGCCGUCCCCGAAAGAACUGCCACCUUGGGCCGCAGCAGGACCAGCUCCCAGCAGCAGCAGUUUCAGGGAAAGGCAAUCGACCCCAUGGCGAACCGUUCAGCCACCUUGCUGGCCAGGCCACAUCGCAGCGAGCCGCUUCAUUCCCCCACCAGUAAGCGGAACCAGGUCCAGUUCACCACCUUCACUACACUCGACAUCAAGCACUUGGCUGCACUAAAGAAGAAUGGUGUGGACUUAAACUGGGCCAACCAGCAGGCGCAGCAACACCAUGCCCCUGCCGAGCCUCAGACACCUUUACCUGAGAUGCCGUGGCCUGUAGUCAAACCUCUAGGAGAGCCCCAGUGAGUUUGUCGGGGUGUGUGUGUGUGUAUGUAUGAGUAUGACUAAGUAAGAGAGAGAGAGGUAAAAAAGCAUAAUCUGGUGUAGAAUGACUAAAAGAAAAGCAGCUGGCUUUAGUUUUUUUUUAAUAAAAGAUGAAUCACUUUAGGUGAUGUGUUUAUUGAGAUUAGAUAAAGGACAUUUUAUAUUAAAAAGUAUGUGCUCAGUGAAAGCCUGUAAAUAGAUUAUGUAAUGGUGUACCCAUGAAGAGCAACAUAAGAGAUACUGUGUUAAUUUUUUUGAGAUUCAAAGCGAUUAGCAUGAUUUUAUCCUCUAAAUGCAAGAUUCUUGUAUUUGAAAAAGAUGUGCUAUCCAGAUCUGAUGUUGUAAAUAUACAUAUAUCUAUACUAAUACUUAUUUCUACAUUUGAAAGCAAAUGCAUUUUCAUUUCCUUUUUCUUUUGUACGAUUCUGUUGCUCCUGUAGAAACGGCUCCACAUAUUGCUAGUUGUCAGGGUAAAUGCAGUACGGGAGGGAUUAUUUCUUGUAAGUAAUUCUAUUCUUUUCCAGCCUUUUGUACUCUUUUUUUCUAGGAUUCCUCCAGUGAAUACCUGAAGAGUCUGUGCAAUUUGUCAGAGAAUAUGCAACAUUUAUCAAGUUAUUUUGAGCAAUCUGUCACUGUAGUCUUCACCGGAUAUUUAUUCAAAUCAAAUGCAUGCUAUGCAAAUAUAGUCUGUGCAGAGUUUGAAGUGGACAUUGUUUCUGAAUUUUUCAACUUACUUACCUUGGGCUUCAGGCGUCUCCUGUGGGCCUGGUUCUACAAUUUGUAAAAAUGUCUAAUCUUGGUCUCUUGACACAGAGAAAUACAUAUUCAACUAUAUUCAAGAUUUUUCAUCUGUGAAGAAAAAUGAUGCCUUUUCUAUGUAACAUCC